ACAAAGUAGGCCUGUUGAAAAUAUUUCAGAUUACGUUCAAUUCGUUUGUAUGAUUACACUCACAAAUAAAUUUCAAUCUAAUACUUUUACUAUCUAUAUAAAUAUAUUUUGUACAAACAAUCUGAAGACAAACCUGCAGAAAUGGAUCAACAAUGCUUGGGCCAACUUGACUUGAACUUCAAGUCGGCUGUCAACUUGGCUAACCAGGAAAUCAAAUGUUUAGCCAUUGAGAAGAACCCGUUCUAUAAACCGUACGAUUGCACCGAUCUCUAUCUAUGGAGGAAGGAAUCUAAUUUGAGCCAGCUCAAACUGAAGACAUUGAAAAAGAAGAAUAUCUUAAGGAAACCGAUUUUGCAACGUCUGCAAACCCAAUCACAGGCCCAUGGCAAGGAUUGGCUGAAACAAUGCAAAUUGGAUUUGGAAUGUGAAAUCACUUGGGUGAACUCUUUAGAUAUCAAAAAGGUGGACAAGAAACGAGCAUAUAGCAUGAGCGACUUGCAGGAUGAGUGCGAGAAGAUCCCAUAUAAUGCUGGUGAUAUUGACAUUGAUGAAAUUCUCAUACCAAAACGAAUGUCUGAGAUGGCAAAAACCAUGUAUAUUAAGCCCUACGUUAAGAGCCCCUCACUUACAAGUUCAAAAGAAAUCGACCUCAAACGCUAAAUUCUUAUUAGAUCUAUUCACACGUUGUUAAAAAAAAGUUUGUAUGACACUUUCUGUGAA